AUGGUUUCUGGCAGCACAUCCAAAAAGAAAACCUGCAAUAAUCCCAACCUUGAGGGUGUGAUGAGCAGACAACUCUCACCACCACAGUAUAGGCACGUUAGAAACGAAUCAACAGAUUCAGUUGCAACUACAGCGUUUUCUAUAGACAGCGAGGACAGUGACAACGGAAAAGGUAGUAAUAAAAAGCCUUUUAAAUUAGUAAACGCAAAAAAGCCCGAUUAUUAUAAACGAAAUAGGGUUAACAGUAUCGUUCCUGAGUAUUAUUACGCAGACGAUAACGGUAUUCCAAUUAAUAACAAAAUGAGAAAUUCAUCAAAAAAUGAUAAACGAUCAUGCUUUUCUAAAUUUCAAUUUUGGAAAAAGAAUAGAAACGAAGAGAUCCCACCUCCAGCCACAACAAAAGAUAAAAAAAGGAGAAGAGGAUGUAAAACAUUUCUGUUGAUUUUACUUAUUUUGUUGUUUUUAGUAGUGUUAGGAAACCUUUUAGCGUUAGAUAUUUUAAUUCCAAAAUUACAACAAAUGAUUACACCAAGUCCUUCAGGAAUAAAUGGAAUAAAUAAUACAGCACCGUCACAAUUAGACCUGAGAAUCAAAACGAUUACGUGUUUAACUUUGUUUAGUGCGAUCGGAAGUACGCAACCAAAACAAUAUCCAUGUGAAUUUUGCGCAGACGACCCAAAUGCGUUUUAUAACGUUACAACAUUUUGUGUAUUGAAAGGAAUCUGGGCCAAUACAGUUAAUCAAACAGGUCUAGAGACUAAUCUGAAAUGGAUGGGUGAUAACAAUUUCUGUCAAUGGAUUGGAGUAAAAUGUGACUCUUCCAAUAACAUAAUUUCAUUAGUACUUACGUCGCCAAAUAUUCCAAAUACAUUAUCAAACGACAUAGGAAAACUUACAACUCUCCAAAGCUUUACCAUUAACGGAGGCACAACGAUACCAAACGGACCAAUUCCUACAAGUUUGUUCCAAUUACCGAACAUGAACACAUUGACAAUUACAUCAACAUCGCUUUCAGGGCCUAUACCUGACACAUUCGAUAAAAUGCCUGCUCUAAAGACAUUAUCAUUACAAAGUAAUCCACAACUUGGUAAAACUAUACCAUCAUCUAUUGGAUCAAUUACUCUUAAUAAUCUAAUAAUUAACGGGCAGGGAAUCUCAGGAACUGUUCCAGAUUUUAUUGGAAAUAGUAAAAUGCUGCAAAAAUCUCUACAGACUUUAGUGUUGGGAAUCAAUCAAUUAUCGGGAUCCAUUCCUACAACCAUUGGAUCCGCCACAUUUCAAAAAACCAUAAAUCAAUUGGAUUUUGGUAAUAAUACGCUAACGGGAACCAUUCCUGAUUCACUAUCGCAACUGUCAAAUUUGCAAUUUUUGUAUUUGGGCAAUAAUCAACUUAGUGGGCAGAUUCCUACAUCAUUGACAACAUUGACGAAUUUGAAAGAAUUAUUCCUAAAUAAUAACAAAUUGAGUGGAAAUAUUCCUGAUGCUCUUGGAAAUCUUACUUUAACAAGAUUAUUACUUUCUGGAAAUACGUUAACGGGAACGGUUCCUAACAGUAUAUGCCAGAAAUCAUUCAUAACAUGUGAUUUGACCCUCAAUAAUUUAACUGCAUCUACAACAAACUGUACUUGCAAUGUUUAG